AUGCAGAUCUUUAUUCAAUCCAUUGACUACAAUAUAUGGAAGAUCAUUGUAAAUGGUUCUCAAGUUUCUACCAAGACAAGGGCUGAAGGAGUAGUGAUUCCAAUUAAAGAAGCUAAAUGGAAUGAUAAAGACAAGAAGAAGGUGGAGUUAAAUACCAAAGUCAUCAACUCGAUGCAUUGUGCUAUCAGCUUCGAGGAGUAUCAGAAGGUAUCUAGAUGCAAGACGGCUAAAGAGAUUUGGGAUAAACUCCAAGUCACACACGAAGGUACCAAACAAAUCAAAGAAAUAAGUAUUGAUAUACUGCGAAAAGAGUAUGAAAUAUUUUCCAUGAAGGAUGGAGAAACUAUUGAUCAGAUGUUUGAGAGAAGAAUAAGAAGGCUAAUGAGGAGUAAAGGCAAGUGCAAAGGAUCAAGUUCAAAGGAGCAAAAGAAAGAUCUUAGCAAAGUCAUUUGCCAUCACUGCAAGGAGGUAGGACACUUUAAGUUCAACUGUUCUAAGCUUAAGAAAGAAGACAAGGCAAAGAAAGAAAAGAAGAAAGUACUUAUGGAUUCAAGGGUUCUGAUGAGGAUAAAGACUCCGAAUACGAAGCACAAAUCUGUUGGCUAG